AAGCCCGGCAGCCAGUCUACAGUCCAAGUAAAAAUGGCGACGCAGGAUGCUCAGGGGAUUUAGGGGAAGGAGGAAUUAAAGUUGGCGGUGGUGAUGAUCCGAGGGCUCGCAGAUAAGUAGGGAUAAAGCAGAUAACUAAACAUGCCCCAAGCCAUGACCCGCGAUGAAUCAUCCUCCCCCGUGCCGUCCCCGUACCUCCGUGGAGCGAGCCCACACACGGCCAAUCACGACGCGAGCGCAUCCCACACGGUGCCCUCCAGCCACGGAUCCCGGAGCGUUCGGGGGGGCCCGUGGGCUUUCGGGGGGGCCAUGGGAGUCAUCAGCUGCGCUGCCACCCACUUCAACAGCCAUUGUGCCGCUCACUCACUUUCAAUAAGCAUUUCGAUUUGCUGGCUAACAGGAUAUGGAGCGGGCUUCUCAAACCCUUUGAGUCCAGAUAUCUGCGGGGGUCCUGUCAUGGAGUGGAUCCCUCACGGGCCAGCAGCAGCCAUCAUGACUCCCCAGACGGGCGUUGUCGAUGGUGGUGGGUACUUCGUACAUCUCCAGGCAGCCAAGCGAGCCAUGGCUCAUCGUUCAUCAAUCUCCGGGCUCGCUAAUAAGGAACCUCUGUCGGGUCAUCACAAGGCCCCCCAAACUCGAUUCCAAUGGACUUGGUAAUAAUGAUCUGUGACUUGCCUGAACAUAAACGUCGACAGUACGAAGUACACCUUUGAAUGCAACCCUACUCUUGUU